CGUCGCUGCAAAAGGGAUCCAUCGUCGAGGACGCCUUUGAAGGAAGGAAGGCCAUGCGCUUUUGGCCACAGCACAGCUGAGCGGAGUUGCGUCGAGUCGAGGCGAGGGUUUGUAGAAGAAGCCUUUCGCAGUUGCCACUAUAGUUUUGUUUUCAGCAGGGAGUUGAGGAAUACCCGGCGAAGAGCGAGAAGACGAGAGGAGUGGGGGAGCUUCACAGCCGUGCCAUGGCGCAUAGGUUGCUCCGCGACGUCGAAGCUGAUGGAUGGGAGCGCUCGGAUUUCCCCAUCAUUUGCGAGUCGUGUUUGGGCGACAACCCUUACGUGCGCAUGACGAAGGCUAAUUUCGACAAGGAGUGCAAAAUCUGUACACGCCCGUUCACUGUUUUUCGGUGGAGACCAGGGCGGGACGCACGAUACAAGAAGACCGAAGUGUGUCAGACUUGUAGCAAGCUGAAGAAUGUAUGUCAGGUCUGCUUACUUGAUCUUGAGUACGGGCUGCCUGUCCAAGUGAGGGAUACUGCUCUUGGUAUAAAUACAAGCGAAUCGAUACCCAAAAGUGAUGUAAAUAGGGAGUUUUUCGCAGAGGAACAGGACCGGAAGGCCAAAGCUGGUUUGGAUUAUGAAUCUUCGUUCGGAAAAGCACGUCCGAAUGAUACCAUCUUGAAGUUGCAAAGGACCACACCUUACUACAAGAGAAACCGUGCCCAUAUCUGUAGUUUUUACGUCAGAGGAGAAUGUACACGAGGAGCCGAGUGCCCAUACCGACACGAAAUGCCCGUCACAGGCGAACUCUCUCAGCAGAAUAUUAAAGAUCGUUACUAUGGUGUGAAUGAUCCAGUUGCUGCUAAGUUACUCAAGAAGGCUGGGGAAAUGCCCUCUUUGAUGGCCCCGGAGGAUAUGAGCAUCAAGACACUUUAUGUAGGAGGUCUGGUCGACAGAGUCACCGAGGAGGAUCUUAAAGAUCAGUUUUAUGGCUAUGGAGAAAUUGAAUCGAUCCGAAUGGUUCCUCAACGAGCUUGUGCAUUUGUUACCUACACUACCCGUGAGGGAGCUGAGAAAGCAGCUGAUCAUCUGGCUAACAAACUAGUUAUUAAUGGCUUAAGGUUGAAGCUCAUGUGGGGCAGGCCACAAGUUGCGAAGGCUGAUAUGGAGGCUGCAGGUGAAAAGGACGAUGCUGUGAAGUCUAAUCUGGGUGGUGGGGUCCUUUCACAUGGUGGCAUGCUUCCUCGAGCUCUCAUUUCUCAGCAACAGCAAGUCCCGCCACCACCUGGCCACGAGCUUAACUCAAAUUACUUUAACCUACCCCCGCCUCCUUUGUCUACAGACCGACCCUUUUAUCCAUCCAUGGAUCCGCAGCGAAUGGGGGCCGUCAUGAAACAAGACACAAGUGGUGCAGAGCAAGGAGAGGGUUCAAGUUCAGAGCAGCGCCCUCAGCCUGGACAAUAUGGGGGUCAGCCUAUGGGUCCUCCUCCCUAUGGUUAUUCACAACAAGUGCCUCCAAAUUUUCAACAUCAGCAUUUCAGGGGUCCACCUCCCUAUCCACAGGGUGGACCACCUCCACAUUCCUACCAGGGAUAUCCGCCCCACUUCCAGGGUGGACCUCUACCCCCUCACUUUCAGGGUGGACCUCCUUUCCGCCCACCUUAUUAAGACUCGGAACACGCAAGUAGUUUCUUAGAUACUGAUUAGUGUGUAGGCUGUUGAUCCUUAAAACUCUGUUUCAAUUAUUUUGUUUUAGGUUAUUUUGAUUCUUGUGGAUUUGAACCUCCUCUCGUAAUCGUACUGUGCUCAAGUUUUGAGGCAGUGAAACACAAGGUUUAGGUGAGAAUUGUGUUCAGUAUAAGCUGAGACUAAUGCAGCUGAUGUUAGAGUGAGAAUUGCAUCGGUAUCAAAUCGCAUGUGGUCUUGUAGCCGAAAGCUGAGCACUGGAUUGCAACAUGUUAUGGCUCUUUCAGCCACUUCGAGAUGUACAAAAGUCCUUUGAGAUUUCGAAAACGCAUCCUUCGAAAUAUGAACUCAAAAAAUAUCCUUCUUAGCUGUUCUCAUA